AUGAGCUCCAGCACAAGUAACGAGGAGUAUACGCCGCCCAAGGUAUGGAAGUACGAGUCUUCGGAAGGAAGUAAGUUUUCCAUGAAUCGUCCGACGGCCGGACCUCGUUUCGAAAAGGAGCUCCCCGUGGGCAAGCAUCCCAUUCAACUGCACUCCAUGGCAACACCUAACGGGCAAAAAGUCACCAUAAUGCUGGAGGAACUUCUGGCAGCGGGACACGAUGCGGAGUAUGAUGCCUACCCCAUCAAAAUCAUGGAGGAAGAUCAAUUUGGUAGCGGCUUUGUUGCCAUCAACCCCAACAGCAAAAUUCCUGCCAUGAGCGUCUCCCAGGAAGGAAAAGAGCCACUCCGUAUCUUUGAAUCUGGUUCCAUUCUACUUUACCUAGCGGAGCGCUUCAACGCCUUUCUUCCCGCUGACAAGCGUACCGAAACACUCAAUUGGCUCUUUUGGCAAAUGGGGUCGGCCCCUUAUGUGGGUGGCGGCUUUGGACACUUUUACCAGUACGCCAAUGUUAAGAACAAGUACGCCAUUGAUCGAUUCACCAUGGAAACAAAGCGUCAACUUGAUGUCUUGAACCGGCAAUUGGAACAAAACAAGUAUAUGGUUGGAGACGAAUACACCAUUGCCGACAUUGCCAUUUAUCCAUGGUAUGGUUGGCUUGUUCUGGGCCAAGGCUAUGGGGAUGCUGCUACGUUCUUGAACGUCGAAGAGGACUACCCCCACGUCAUCCGUUGGGCCAAAAUGAUUGAGGCCCGCCCAGCUGUACAGCGCGGUAGCAUUGUUAACAAGUUUUGGGGCGACAACGAAGAUGCGCAGUUACUGGAACGCCACAGUGCGGACGACUUUCAGAAGACGACAGCCCCGCAACCGUAA